CUCUAUACUAUACCAUCCUAUACCUCACAAUGGAGCCCAAUGAAGAGAUUUUGGAUACGCGACACUAUGCCCCUUCAAUCUCGCCCCCACUGAGCAAUCCACCGCGGUCUCACUACCAUCUCUCAUCUCAUCUAAGCGGCGACGUAGAGAUGUCGGACGCUCCGCCUCACUUCGCGAGUCAAACGACCCAUAUGCCGUAUCCCACACACUAUGGCUAUGGCUCGGCGUACCCCCUACCUCCUCAUGACCAUGGGUUUCCCCCACCUGACCCGUACUCCCCCAUGUUCCCGCCUACACCUGUCUCGCAUGCGACUCUUCAUCGCGGUCAAGAUCACGGACAUCGCACAACCUAUGGCCAACCGGGGGCAGUCGGGUACGGCGAGGAAGCUGCUCAGUCGUUUCCGAUGGCAGAUAUGUCCACGCCUAUUCAGACAUUCGACAUACCAACUGAUGACCGGCAACGGGACUUCGUGUCUGUGCGGAACAGCUGGGAGGCGAAGUUUGCGGCUGGGCUAUUCGAGCAUCUUGUUCCGGUCCUGCCAAGCUCAGCGGACGCGCCCUUCGCGAGCUACGCAAGCGACCAAGAGAAGCUGGCCGUUGUCUGUAGGUGCAUCAAGCGCGCGGGAUUCUCCCUCGGGAAAUUCCUCGCUGCUUUGUUCGCCGACGUGUCGCAUCCAAAUCACCCCGAAAUCAGCAAUGCUCUCAGUUACUUCCUCCAUAGCCGGUCGCCUGAUGCGCGCGAGCACCCCGUGUCAAUUAUCAAGCUCAUCUACCACCACAAGAGCACCCGGCGCGAAGGUGGUCGCCGCAUCCCACCACCCACAUUCCACAUCCCUCGCUACGCUCUACCGCCUUCGCAGCGCCUUCGCCCUCAACUCACACAUGCACCUCAUCCGACGCAGCACAACGCGAUUCUCGACUGGGCAGUCGCGCUUGUUCUCGCGCGAGUGGAUGAGGAGGCGAACAGCCUGCUGUCAUCCGAGGGCUCGAUGUUCCUGCGCAAGAAAUCCAUCGGGUCCAUUACCUGGGACUUGCUUCGCAGCUGGGACAUGACGCGAGCGCAGGAGGAGGUUGCCAACACGGCCCCGGUCUUGUUUGCGAUUAUGGCAACAGCAGCAACAAGCAAGACCGUACGGUUGAAUUGCGAUAUCACUGCGAGCCCGCCCGAGGAUGUGGAGAUGGAGGAAGAGACCAGUGAGGAUGGUUGGGAUGAUACUCAAUCGGAUGAGUCCGAGAUGCAGGGUGAUCGCGCUUCACGUACGAUGGGAGACAGUGCGGGUGCGGGUGCAAGCACACCGCGCCACCGUCGCGAUACAGCGCCUGGGGUACCGCCUGGGAUGCAGCGCGAUCCGUGGCAGGCUGUCACCCUCUUCAUCAUUGUCAUGCUACGCCUGCGCAAUCAAUAUGCCCUCGUUUUCGCGACCAUCUUUGGCAUUUACUGCUUCGCUUGUGGUGCCAACCGUGAUCUCAUCCAGCUGCUAUGUUGCCUCGGCAUCUCGAUCUCUUAUCCGACGGUUCUCGCGACCUUGAGUGUGCUGGCGCAAGACAAGCUUUCUCACCUUCGCUCUCUCGCCGCCGCUGCAGAAAAUCGACCCCCUACCUUUCAAAUCGUCUAUGAUAACGUCAACAAAAUCAAGCGUGCGUGGCAGCAGACGGCAACGAACGUUGGGGAGAUGCUGUGCGGCACAGCUGCGACUCUGAUUGAGCUUGAGGAUGUCAAGCCUGGCGCGCUCGAAGCAGACCACCUGCUGAAGAAUAUUGCAGAUGAUGCGCGCACGAAGCUUUCCGGCCAAGAUCUCAUUGACGAUCUCGAUGGGGCGCAUCUGGCUGGAAUUGGAGCUGGCCAUAUUCUGCGUGAAUGGGUCCAAUAUGUCCCGUCCCUCGCUCGUUUCUCUUCGGACGUCGAGCAGCUCUUCCGCGAGACUCACGCGAAGCGCCGCCUACGCCUACGCAAAUCGAAGAUCUAUCCGAUGCAGACAUCGGGUAUCAACGAGGCGACAACUGUCGGCACUGUUCAGCUACUGCGGAACCUGCUCCUCGAGCAGCUUGCCAUGGCCAAGUCGUCAUUCAAGUGGUUGAUGAUGGUCGGAGGCGAUCUCUUGACCGUUGAUCGCCAGCGCAAGGUCAAGCUCUACACCAUGAAAGCCAACACACCCUUCGAGCGAUAUGAAUGGCUUGUACCUACCGUGCAGCUAUGGCACCUGAAAUGGAACUGGAUGAAGUGUAUCUUCCGCAUGCACUGGACGGACGCCAACGAGGAGACCGGGAAGAGUGUAUUUGGAUUGCGUUCAGAUUGUAAUCGGAUUAAGCGCGGUGCUUUCAACCCGAAGGUAUGCGACUUCUAUCCCGGGCAUGCGAUCUUGCAAGAUCGCUUUUCGGCCAUGGCGCUUGAGAUCCUCAGGCUCAUUUGCGAAGAGAAAACACGAAGAACAGCGGUGGACAGGCCUCUGAUUGAUGCGCUUGACCGGUACUUUGCGCCUGGAGGUGUGAAAGAGGACAUCACAUUUCAUGAGCUACUGGAGUGGGCGCAGAUCGCGUAUCGCCGCUACAUGACCAGCUCCGCGUAUACCGAUGCUUUGGGCAUAGUCGAGCGAUCGCAGACUAUAUACAACGACCCGGAAUCUGUCGAGUGCGUGGAGGAGGAACUUUCCGACGUUGAGGAAGCAUCCAAAAGCGCACCUGCGGCGUCAUCCACGAAGCGUACUGCAACUGCAGACCAACCUGAUGCGGAUCGCCACCUAGCGAACUCGAUCAACUUCCUCCGAGUCACCCUAUGGUAUCUCGAGAUGUGCCUCGCCACUGCGGAAGGAGAUAUUGGACGUGUAUUCGAGAUUAUCAAGUUCCUCCGCUUCUCCUUCUGGGGUGCCGGUGCUACAAGCUACGGGAACGAGCUCCUCGAAAUGGCGUGCAACUUUAUGGCUGAGUUUCCGGAUGAUCUUCGCGACGCAAUACUGGAUAACUAUCUUGUAAAUCCAUCUGGACAGCCCGGCCGUUGGUUCGAGCUCGACUUACUGCAGGAGCACUUCAACUUCUGGAUUAAGCGGCUCUUCAACUCAAAGACCAUCUCAUUUGAUGCUCAGCAUCUCUCGCAAAGGGUCGCGCUCAAUAUACAGGGUCUUGGUGAUCUGCGCUCGAGUAUACCUCGCGCGUUCGGGAUCAAGCGCUCACCCUUCACCCACACUGACCCGAGCAAAAUCAGCGAUAUCAACACACUUGGGGCUUACUACCGCAGAUCUCGCACCUUAACCUUUGUGAAGGGCCGCGCGCAGGAGCAGAAGCUCACCCUCGAUGAGUUCAGUGCCGGGAUCAAUAUAGUGGUGCACAAGGGGAAGUUUGCGGAAUAUGUAGAGCGCACUUCUCUCAAGGGCGGCGCUGGGGUAAUGGAUGAUAUGGCUCGCGCAGCAGAGCAGUCUGUACUGGAGGACGACAUGCCCUUACAGCCGUCAUUGCCAGCAAAUCCCAUUAUAUUCACUUCGGGGGCUGGAUUGACUACUUCGGAGUUUGUAGGGGAUCAAAUAACAGUAUAGCAUUGAUAUGUGGUUGAUCAAGG